CGGCAGGUUUCCGGGUUCACACUCACACUCACACACGCACGCAGCGGAGGCGGAACCUCCGGGGAGACACCUGGAGCUACCGCGGACACACAGCCGCGAGGACACUCAGCGGAAUCGAUCCGCGGAAAUCGAUCAGUGAUCAGAGAAGCAGCAGAAUGGGUAACCUGAUCAAAGUGCUGACCAGAGACAUCGACAACAACGGAGGAAACUUCUUCCUGGACUUUGAGAACGCUCAGCCCUCACAGUCAGAGAUGGUGGAGUGGGAGAAGGUGAACCAGGUGCUGACAGAGGCUCAGGUCAUUCUGGAGGACCUGCAGGCGUACAGAGGAGCAGGAGAGGAGAUACGACGGGCCAUCCAGAGUCCUAGUGUGGAGGGUGUGCAGGAGAAAGCCUGGGCAGCUGUCGUCCCUCUGGUCGCUAAACUCAAAACCUUCUAUGAGUUUUCUCAGAAGCUCGAGUCCAGUCUGCGGUGUCUCCUGGACGUCCUCACUAGCUCCACGUCCACUCCCACUCAGCACCUGGAGAACAAACAGGCUCUUGCUCGUCAGUUCGCUCACAUUCUGCAUUUCACACUGCGUUUUGAUGAACUCAAGAUGACCAACCCUGCGAUUCAGAACGACUUCAGCUACUAUCGACGAACCAUCAGCCGCAUGAGGAUCAACAACCUGUCUGCUGAUGCGGGGAGCGAGGUCAACAAUGAGUUGGCCAAUCGUAUGUCUCUGUUUUACGCCAGCUCUACGCCGAUGCUGAAGACGCUCAGCGACGCCACGUCAAAGUUUGUCUCAGAGAAUCCAGACGUCCCCGUUGAAAACACGACAGACUGUCUCAGUACGAUGGCCAGUGUUUGUAAAGUGAUGCUGGAAACACCGGAGUACCGCAGUCGUUUCACCAGUGAUGAGACCGUGUUGUUUUGCCUCCGUGUGAUGGUCGGCGUCAUCAUCCUGUACGACCACGUUCACCCAGCCGGAGCCUUCGUUAAGACUGCCAACAUAGACAUGAAAGGCUGUAUCAGAGUGUUAAAGGAGCAGUCUCCCAGCAGUGUGGAAGGUUUACUCAACGCUCUCAGGUACACGACCAAACAUCUGAACGAUGAGACUACCUCCAAGCAAAUUCGGAAUAUGCUGCAGCCAAACUAACUGUGUUCAUGGUCCUCAGUCUUCAUGGUCCUCAGUGUUCAUGGUCCUCAGUGUUCAUGGUCCUCAGUUUUCAUGGUCCAAAGUCUUCAUGGUCCUCGGUCUUCAUGGUCCUCAGUGUUCAUGGUCCUCGGUCUUCAUGGUCCUCAUUGUUCAUGGUCCUCGGUCUUCAUGGUUCCUGAUUUCAAAACCACAUUUGUGUCUUGUAGUUUUACUGUUAUUGUGAAUAAACAUUUUCUUUACAUUUA